UCACUUCGAAAAAAACGAACGAAACGAACGGAUUAAACGAAAAGUGCUCUCAGCGGAAACUAUAUUGUAGAUACUGGAAAGGAAAAUUAAUUAAAUACUAUAUACAACAUGAAUUGCCUAUCGUCAACGUUUAAGUACUUAUUGUACAUUCUCAAUGUGAUCUUUGUGGCGGGUGGCUUGCUGCUGAUUAUUGUCGGCUCCAUCAUGCUGUCCAGCAUGGGAAGCUUCAGCAGCUUGGAUCAGGCAGUGGACACACAGUUCAUACCCGUUUCUAUAAUCGUAAUUGGCUCGAUUAUAUUUGUGGUGGCAUUCUUCGGAUGCUGCGGCACCAUUCGGGAAAACUCCUGCUGUACGACAAUCUAUGCUGUUUGCAUGUUCAUUCUAUUUGUAUUGCAACUCACACUCUCGAUUUGGAUAUUUGUGCAAAAUGACAAAUUCAUUGGCAAAAUGGGCGAUGUUGUCGAUACCGUCUGGAAUGAGAACGAUAGCACCAAUGGUUAUCCCAUGGAUGCUCUCCAGUUGGCGUUUGGCUGUUGUGGCAAAACUAAUUUCUUAGAUUAUACUACUGAAGUGCCUGCUUCUUGUUGUGGCUAUACGGACAGAUCGAAAACGUGUUCCGUUGACAUAUAUGCCGAACUCCCUGGAUGCAAACAGGAAUUCCUGGAUUUCUGGAGCUCCAACACAAAAAUUAUAAGCUGGAGCAGUUUGUUUAUAGCUCUCUUCGAGCUGGGAAUAUUCAUUGUAUCCUGCUGCUUGGCCAGUGCGAUGAGAAAGCGCUAAACUCAGGCUCAGACUCAGGCAGAGCCCCAGUCCCAGCCCGAAUAGCGAAUAGUUUCAUUUUUGUAGAAAUGCUCUUCUCCCACACAGCCAUAUUAAAUCAAAUUAAAAUUAGUUUAAUGAAAACGCC